CCCAGGUCGGCGGCGACGGGGGCGAAAGGUCCGGCUGCGCGGGCCGGCGGCCAGGGACCGGGAAGGCCGCGAAGCCCGGCGGGAUCGAGGUUCGGAGUUUGCGGGUCCGAGGCCCGGCCAGAGAUUAGGAAACACUUUGAUGUUCCCGGAGUCUCGCACCUAGAAAGUGCAGCCGCAGAUGGGGUUGAAGCCCAACUUCCUGUGCCCGCCUCUUCCUAUCAGGACUGCACAUCUAAUGAGCGUUGGGCUUCGGACAGGCGUACAGAAGGCGCUCGAUACAUGCUCUCUUUGUGAAUGAGUACAAGCAAUCCGUCGUCCAAAGAGAGGGAGAUACCGAAUCAGAAGCUCAGAGAGGCGAAGUGACCUCCCCAAGGCCGCACGGCGGCUCGUAAGUGGCCGUUACCGGAUUGGAAACUUGCGGUGUCCGGUUCCAAGUAGGUGCCAAGUGAAGUUCCGGAAAACAAGAGAAGAGGGGGAAAGUCACCAGGCCGCUGGAGCUAGCAGCUGUUUGGAAGUGAAACGCUGCGGAAGGGGAAGGGGAGAGCGUGGGCCAGGCUCCGUGGGGGCCGAUGACCGGCAGACAGAAGGAUCUGCACUGGGUGCUGAGUUUGUUCCUUGUGCUGCGGAUGGUGGAGACGGUGUCCGGGGCCAGGGGCCCAUUUACAGGGACCCACAUGAGCUCCCCGUUUUCGGCCUCAGAUGUGAAGCAGACCCCCACGGUAGACGUGUAUAUCCAGGUCUGUCACGAAGACCGAGUGCGAUGGUGCCCAGCACAGCGUGUGGCAAAACAGUUGCUGAGGACCUACUGUGUGCUGGGCACUGUGCAAGACUUUGGUGGCGAGUGUCGUGAGGUGUGCGGCCUGAACGUCUCUGACCGCUGUGACUUCAUCAGGACCAACCCCGACUGCCGCAGUGAAGGGGGUUACCUCAACUACCUCGAGGGCAUCUUCUGUCGCCUCCCACCCAACCUGCUCCCUCUGGCCGUCACCCUCUAUGCUGUUUGGCUGCUGUACCUGUUUCUGAUUCUGGGAGUCACCGCCGCAAAGUUUUUCUGCCCGAACCUGUCAGCCAUUUGCACCUUGCUCAAGCUUUCUCACAAUGUGGCAGGCGUCACCUUCCUGGCCUUUGGGAACGGUGCACCUGAUAUCUUCAGCGCCCUGGUGGCUUUCUCGGAUCCGCGCACCGCCGGCCUGGCCCUGGGGGCUCUGUUCGGUGCGGGUGUGCUGGUGACCACCGUGGUGGCCGGUGGCAUUGCCAUCUUGCGCCCCUUCACGGCCGCCUCCAGGCCCUUCCUCCGGGACAUCGUUUUCUACAUGGUGGCCGUGUUCCUCACCUUCACCGCGCUCUACCUGGGCAGAGUCACGCUCGCAUGGGCCCUGGGCUACCUAGGCCUGUACGUGUUCUAUGUGCUUACCGUGGUUGUCUGCACCUGGCUGUACCGAUGGCAGCGGAGGAGGUCCCUGGUCUAUUCCAUGCCAGGCACCCCAGAGAUGCUCUCAGACUCUGAGGUGGAACCAGUGUCUUCCAACAGCUACGACUACAGCGAAGAGUACCGGCCGCUUCUCCUCUAUCAGGAGACCACGGCUCAGAUCCUGGCCCGGGCCCUCAACCCCCUGGAUUACAGGAAGUGGAGGAACAAGUCCGUGUACUGGAGGGCCCUCAAGGUGCUCAAGCUGCCCGUGGAGUUCCUGCUGCUGCUCACCGUCCCAGUUGUGGACCCCGACAAGGACGAUGGCAACUGGAAACGGCCCCUCAACUGUCUGCACCUGGUGAUCAGCCCGCUGGUCUUGGCCCUGACCCUGCAGUCGGGCGCCUACGGCAUCUACGAGAUCGGUGGCCUCUUUCCUGUCUGGGCCGUGGUGGUGGUUGUGGGCACAGCCCUGGCUGCGGUGACCUUUUUUGCCACAUCCAACAGUGAGCCUCCCAGGUUUCACUGGCUCUUUGCUUUCCUGGGCUUCCUGACCAGCGCCCUGUGGAUCAACGCAGCCGCCACAGAGGUGGUGAACAUCUUGCGGUCCCUGGGCGUCGUGUUCCGGCUGAGCAACACCGUCCUGGGGCUCACGCUGCUGGCCUGGGGGAACAGCAUCGGAGACGCCUUCUCAGAUUUCACGCUGGCCCGCCAGGGCUACCCGCGGAUGGCCUUCGCAGCCUGUUUCGGCGGCAUCAUCUUGAAUAUCCUGGUGGGAGUAGGGCUGGGCUGCCUGCUCCAGAUCUCCAGGAACCACGCGGAGGUGAAGCUGGAGCCAGACGGACUGCUGGUGUGGGUCUUGGCGGGCGCCCUGGGCCUCAGCCUCGUCUGCUCCCUGGUCUCGGUCCCACUGCAGUGCUUCCAGCUGAGCAAAGUCUACGGCUUCUGCCUGCUCCUCUUCUACGUGAGCUUCCUCGUGGUGGCCCUGCUUACCGAAUUUGGGGUGAUUCACCUGAAGAGCGUGUGAGUGACGCCGCGUGGCCGGCGCCGCCUGGUGGCCGGGAGGUGUCACUGCAGGCAGAAAGAUGGAAGUCGGGCCCCGGGGGGCCCGUGAAUGGGGCUGGAGGUUCCGGGCCGCCGCCCUGGGCGGGACGACCAGCUAAGCCUUGUUUCCGGGACGUCGGAGACCGGGCCUCGCUGUGGACAGAGUUGCAGACAGAAGGCAGACGUCCUUGGAUGAUCGGCGGAGCCUCUCGGAGGCUGGGGUUGGGGGUGAAGGGGAUGGCGAAGUGCCUUCCAAGCUGUUAUUGGAAGACCACCGGCGUGUCCGGGGCCUGGAGUCACGCCCUGCUGCCUUCCCGCAUCUUCUCAGGGCUCACUCAGACCGCUGCCAAGCCCGGGCUUAGCCAGAGUGACUCAGAGGGCGGGCACAAUACCACGGGCCUCAGGCCAUCGGGGCUGAGUUCUAGAGCUGCACCGUCCGACAGAAAUGGAAUAGGAGACACCUGACUUUGAGAUUUCUAGUCGCCACGUUAAUAAAAGCCAAAGCAAACGGGGGGGAAAUUCGUGGUACCAUACCUAUGGCUCAGUGGCCCCAAACUAGCAGCACGUGGCUCUGGCCCCCUCAGCGGCCACCGUCCUGGACGGCACAGCCCUCGACUCUACCUCCGGGACUGUCUGCCGACUGUCGCAAGCGCCUCUGUGCCCUGAGCUUGGGUUUCCCCAGCUGUGAAACAGGAGUCGAUUGACCGUGGCCCUGUGCCUACCUCAGGGGGAGCCCCAGGCCGGGGUCACAAUGCCCGAAAGCUCCGGGGACAGAAUGAGUGCUCCCCAGUGCCUUCCCGCUGUCCGCCGCUGACCUGACUUUCCAAGGAGCACCUACCUUCUCAGUUUGCCCGGCUGCCUUAUGCCGGCGGUGGCAAAGGGGUCCAACUGUCUUUUUUCCAGUGAAAAAGUCAUUAAAUAUUUCAAGUGUACAGAAAGGAAUACA